GGGCAGCUGAAGGCUCAGCCCUUACCGGAACCUUCUCAUCUCAGCGCCAUGCUGGUCAGCACUGGUCUCACCUACAUGGACAAAAGCAGGAGUAUCAUUGUAAAGAGAGAGGCUGACAGGAUAUAAGAUGGAGGGAACCGGUCUCACCAGAGCAGCCAAUAUUCACUCAGUAACAGAUAAAAGUGAUGGAGAGGAGGACUACGCACCCACCAAUGAGAGGCUUCUGUUCGCUGGCAAGAAUUUGUGGAAACCAUGGCAACAUGCUCGUGCCAGGGUUAAAGCUAGCUUAUUCAGGCUGUGGGGUGUCCUCGGCACUCUGGGGGGGUUUGACUGGUACUGCUUUGGUGCCCUUGGGAUCCUCACAGCUCUCAUGAGCUUCCUUAUGGACCUGAGUGUGGCCAAGCUGCUGGAAGCACAUCGCUGGCUGUACGUGCAGCUUCAGGGCCACCUGCUGCUGCAGUUCCUCUGCUGGAGUUUGUACCCCACCAUCCUGUGCGCCCUGUCCACCACCUUCUCACACAGCAUCAGCCCUAACUCUGCAGGGUCUGGAUUGCCAGAGGUGAGAACCAUACUAUCGGGCCUAGAGCUUCCAGAGUACCUGACUCUGUCAAACCUAUUUGCCAAGCUGGUCGGCCUCACCUGCACUCUGGCAGCGGGAAGUGUUGUCUUCUUGGGCAAAGUGGGCCCGUUUGUUCACCUAUCAACCAUGGUGGGUGCGUUCUUGGACCGGCUUUCCAUCACUUUUCAUGGAAAGAAAGAGUUCCGAGCACGGAACAGGAUGCUUAUUGCCUCAGCUGCGGUGGCAGUUGCCAGCUGUUUCGGGGCUCCAGUCAGUGGGGUGCUUUUCAGCAUGGAAGUGAUGAGCGUCCAUUUCACCGUGCAUGACUACUGCCGUUGCUUCUUGUCCGCUGCCUUUGGGGCACUGACCUUCCGCCUCCUGGCCGUCUGGAGCAGGGAGCAGGAAACCAUACAGGCCCUUUUUAAAACCAGCUUUUCUACUGACCUGCCUUAUCACCCCCCAGAGAUCCUCGUUUUCAUCCUCCUGGGGUUGCUUUGUGGAGUCUGGACCUGCGUUUUUCUGUACUGCCAUCGCUGGAGCCUCCUUUUCAUUCGGACCAACCAAGCCAUAAGCAAGAUACUAGCCACAGAAAAGGCCGCCUACUCAGCAAUGGUUGCGUUCCUGCUGGCCCUAGUUACAUUCCCUCAUGGUUUAGGCCGUUUCAUGGCUUCCACGCUCUCCAUGAAGCAGCUUCUUGCAUCCUUCCUGCACAGUCAGCAGUGGAAGCCCGCAUUGCAAAAUGUGUCUGUGCCGCUGCCACCGGGGGCGCCAGAGAGCAUGUGGCUGGAGUGGAGUCCCUCUGGGACCUCUGUUUUGUUCACUCUGGUGGUCUUCCUUGGUAUGAAGCUCUGGCUGCUGGUCCUGGCCAUGACGCUGCCUCUGCCUUUAGGCUUCUUCAUGCCCAUUUUCAUAUAUGGUGCUGCUAUUGGACGGCUGGUGGGAGAGGGGCUGGCCUAUAUGUUUCCAAAUGGAAUAGAGUCUGGGGAGAUCGUCAGGCCAAUAAAUCCAGGGGGCUAUGCACUGGCUGGUGCUGCCGCCUUCUCGGGAGCCAUGACACACACGCUGUCUCCCGCUCUGCUGGUGUUAGAGAUGACUGGCCAGUCGACACACGCGGCGCCUACGCUGCUGGCCGUGCUGCUGGCUAAUGCCGUGGCGCGCUCCGGACGCCGGCCCUCACUUUAUGACAACGUCUCCCUCAUGAAGAAGCUGCCACAUCUGCCCUCAUUGCUCCGUACCCAACCAGACCUGUCCUUUAUCCAGCUAUGGCAGGUUUGGAAUUCUGGUGAAGAGGCACAUGAUGGAAGGGGAGGAGCUGCAGAGAUGGUGCUUGAGAGGGACAGUGGUCCUGCUGAGGUGCGCCAGGCCCUGUCCUCCAGCUCCGAGGCUCAGUUCCCUGUAGUGGAAUCAUAUGAGUCUGCAGUUCUAUUGGGUUCUGUACAUAGAUCUGAACUGGAGAAGUUCCUGUACAGCCAGACCGACGAGUCCAGUGGACUGGAACUGGACAUUUUGGGACAAAGUUUGGGAAAUGUGUGUUCAAUUCAGCCAGUCACUGUACAGCUCUCUACCCAGACAACAGUUCAACAGGCUCAUAGUGUAAUGAGUAUACUGAACAUACAGCUGGGCUUUGUCACAGACAGCGGCAAACUCUCUGGAGUCAUUACCUGGACAGAGCUAAAGAAAAUGAUUGAGCGUUUGGCUAAAGGAGAAAUCAAACAAAACAAUGGCUAGUGUGACAGACCAAUAAAUCCAGUGGGAAGGACUGAGCAAAAGAGCAGCCGUGUGAAUUUCUAUAGCAGACCGAUGCCUGAAGAGCCCCACCCGAGCUGAAGACUGGGACAUUACAAAUGACUGGAUGACUGAAACAUCAGCGCACUCCCCCCAGCCUCUCACAUUAAUUAAUAGCUCAGGGCUGUACAGGACAAGAGCUUGUGCUCUAGUGAUUAAAGCUUUGCAUAGUGUAUCCAUAGAACUAUGGUUUUAUUUAGCUUUUUCAUUCCUUUCACCUUCCUUAAGGAGAACAUAGCCUAUUGCAGCAGAGUCGGUGGCCAGGUUGUAUUGCUUUCCCUAGGGUCUUCAUGUGCCCUUCCGAAUUCUCGUCACCAGUCUCUCUUCACCUGUUUCUCUUCCCUCCAGUAUUCGUCUCUCACUGUCUCCCCUUGUCUCACCAAUAUUUUACAAUUUUAUGCAAAAAUCUUAAAUACCAUUUGUGUUUAAAUCUUCCACCCAAUGAGAAAACCUGCUGGCAAUUAAGCAUGAAUAGAAAAGAUUAAUAUGGAAUUUUCAAACAGAUGGUAUUCAUAGCUUGGGUCCUUAUUGAGCUAGCAUCGGAAAUUCAUCGCAGAGUCUCAAAGCACUUAUGUAAGUCGCUUUGGCUAAGGGCAUCUGCCAAAUCCUGUAAAUGUAAAUGUAAAUGUAAAUGAAUUAAAACUUUGUAUUUAUCUGUCUUUUCCCUAUGUCUAUUCUGAUCUCUCCUUCCCGCUUUUAAAUGUCCCUAUCACUGAGUUGUGGAUGAAGGCUGGUAGACUGGCAUUAAGGCAUUAGUAAAGAUCAAACAUAUAAUUCUGCACACUAGAUUCCAAGCUUGAGUGGAAUUUCCAGGAAGUCCUCCCUUGUUAUUGCAGCAGUGACAGACUGAUAAACACCAAAACCAAAUGCCAAUAGCCACUUUGAGCUAUCAGGAAAAAAACACUCUAAUGACCAGGGUUCACCUCUGUGGUUGUUGCACUGAGUUGCCAGUUGCUAAAUUAAGGACAUGUCAAUAAAUUCCUAGAUGAUGUAUUUUGCUGCAAGUGACACGUAAUAAUAAAUACAUCCAAUAAACAAA